AUGGUCGGCGUCCACGAUAUCUGCGCACGCGUACAGAACGGAUUCCGCGCCCGGCUUGGCCGCAUAGCUAUCCCCGAGACAAAACUGAACCUAGCUGUGUCUCGAGUUCUCUACAGCCAGGGUUUUGUCGGAUCGGUGACGCGUGGCACGCACCUGGGCCCCGACGCCGAAUACACACCGACGACAAACCUGAACGUGGCUGAGCGGCGCCUGUGGCUGUCGCUAAAGUACUACCAGGAUCACCCGGUCCUGCGCAACAUGAACUGCAUUUCGAAGCCAUCGCGGCGGAUCAGCUGCAACGCGUUCCAGCUGAGGACACUGGCGGCCGGGCAGUCGUGGAGCAUCGUCAAGGGCGUGAUCCCCGGUGAGAUCAUGAUCGUGUCGACGGCGCGCGGGAUCAUGGAGGUCCAGGAGGCGGUCAAGCUGGGGCUGGGAGGCACGCUUUUGGCUCGUGCAAAGUAG